AUGACGUCACAGCACUUUUCUCCAUCAGUUCGCUUCAGAGCCGCAGCGCGUCCGCAUCAAGCCGCGACACAGACAGCCGCCUCUGCCGCGCCUCUUCCGUUCCAGCCGCUUCUACUGCCUCACCGCUCCUGCCGCGCUGUUGCCGCCUCUCUGCCCCUCACAUGUAGAGCCUUUGCCGCUGACGUGACGCGCCUCCUCACACCGCUCCUGCCGCUCCCUGCCGCGCCUGCCGCCUCCCGCCGCAAUGGAGAGCAAAGAGAAGACCCCGUCAGAUGGACUGGAUCAGGUCUGUUUCAGGUCCCAGGGGGGGGUCUGUGUCUGACCGCGGCUUUUAGACCCUCAGACCUGCAGUCGUGUUUUGCUCCCUCCAUGCUGAGAGCAGGACCCCCUCCUCUUCUAUCCCCACACUCUGCUUUCAAACUCAGACUUUCAAAGGCGUACGCCAACUGA